CCAAGGACCUGUCUGUUGAUGUCAAAUACUUCUUGACAAUAUCAAAUAUAGGAAGCUCGCGCGGUGCACUCCCGGCGUUCCCUUUUAUAAUAAACUAAACUCAAUAGCAAAUGAGCUUUUAGCCAAUGGAUCAAAUGAAUCGCAAGGGACGCCAACUUACACCAUAUCAAAGAUCGGUAAAGAUCGAGGGAGAUAGGCGCCGCCGCCGAGAAAAAAAUACGGAGUUCCAGAGAUUGCGGAACGCGGAAAUGGAAUUGCAGGCUUCAGUAGAGGAGCAGAGAAAUGAAAAUACGAGCUUAAGAAGGGACAACGAAAGGCUCAACGAUUUCGUUUCGAACCUCCAAAACACCAUACGUCAACUACGUGAACAGAACCGAAAACUGCAUCAAAAGAAGCUAGAACUGGAAGAGAUAGUGAAGCAGGCGGAGUCAUUCUUUAAAUUUGAUGAAUUUCCUAGUCCCAAUGAAGAAGCUCCAAACAAUAAAACAUCAUAACUUGGACUGCAAUGUAUGGUUAGAAAGUAGUAUGUGGUUGAUGCAGGGUAUUUUAGUAGGCAAAGUCUCUGAGGUGCUGCUCUAUUGCAUAUGCAUUCUUCUUGGUUCUACUUAGUAUAUGAUGCUUUUCUUUCUUCAACCACAUUGCAUACCGACAUAUGAAGUUUUUAUAGUAAUACACCACAAUAAUACUGGUGAAAGAGAUUUUAGCCUCACCUGUCAUUGUAAUCUUUGUGUAUCUUGUAUUUAUUGUGAACUGCACUACUUUUUCUAGAAAGGAUAGAUAUCAAAACUAUAAGUAAUUUUUGUUCUAA